GUGACAGUUGUGGGAGGAGAUUGGGAAGGACGGACUGAGAGCCGGAAAAGUCGUUUUAGACGACGAGUGUGCAAUCGCGGCGGGGGGUAAAGGACGAGGGUGGCCAGCAAGGCAGAACCUAUGGAAAGUGAGCCAUACGAGGAUCCGCCCUACUGGAGAUUUCGUAGGUGAUAGUCGGGCGCAGGGACGUAAUCGGGGCCUUCCGCGAGCAGCAGCUUACCGAGAGCCGUGCACGUGCCGCCGACGCGCCCAACACGAGCCUCGUCGUCCUCGCGACGCGGACACGUGCCACCCCUGAAGAGUUAGACGAGCUUAAGAAGUCGCUAAAGUAGCCGCGAAGAUGGCCAUCCCGUUCGCCCUGCCGUCGGACGAGGAGGCCGAGGACCAGAGUCAACAGCUCGAGCAGCUUAUGCUCGAUCUCUACGCGGCGCUGCAACAGGUCUUGCGCGCCAGGAACGCCCAGCAUCCAUCGAGAAACCAUCGACUGCCACGACGAGCGGGUGACCUGUCGGGCACGCGAGACCAGCCGAUGCUUCUCGUGGACUCGGAUCUGUCGCGGCUGCCCCUCCCCGACCUCGUGCUCUCGGCAGUCGAACAGCUGCCUCGGGCGCCGCCCCAGGUGACGGUCUCGGCCCCGAGCAGCCCAACCCGUGACGCCGCCUUCCAGUUCCCGGAGUGCAGUGGCCUAGGAGCAGGCAGCGGUGGCCCCGUGGCCGUGGCCCUCGCCAUGUCCGCGGCCCCGGUGCCCAGCCCCCGGCCGAAACCCCGCCGGCGCCGGCUCACCUCCGAAGGCUCGCUGCCGGAGAAGGGCCAGGCCCAGCGGCUGGACUGCUGCCCAGGCCACGGGCCCUGCUGCGCUCACCAUAUCGCCGCAAGCCUUGACGAGCGAGAGUGGGCGACGGUCGGUGCCAAUCUCAGGAACAUCGCCGACGACUUCCACGCAUCUAAGACUAAGGACGCCGAGGUGGAGAAGUCGAGGCUGCCGUUCAUCGGCUCGAGCUUCUCGUCGACGGCAGCUCGCAGUGGCGGCAUUGUCGGGGGUGGCCUCGGGUCGAGUCCCUCCGGCUCGACCGAUAGCAUCCUUUCGCUACUGAUCCCGGCACCGCUACGCGAGACUCUCUGGACGACGCUGGCCCUCUACCUGGGCUGGCGGCUGGUCUCGCGUCUGCGAUAGGAGCCCAGUCGCUUCCCUUCGCGUUCGCCUGCGGCGAACGGUACGAAGGAGACUGGCCACGGGGGUUCGGGGCGAGCCGGACGUCGAUGAUCCUCGGACUGCCGGCACCGUGGGAGGCGCCACGAGUCGGGCACGACCCGGUAACGCGGCCGGCCCGCCUGAGGCUUUGAUACUUAACGAGCCAACGGCGACGAUGAGAGAGA